AUGGGUUCGACGCUCAGCCAUACAUCACUCGAAUGGGCCGUCGCAGCUGGCAUAGCAGGGGCUGCAGCAUACAGCUACCUCACAUACUCCAACUCCGACACACCUCCAACCAGCAGCAGCAGCACCUCUGAACACCCAACCACAGGCAGAAAAGGCACCAAAAGCAAGAAGAAGAAACAGACACCGAAAAACGCCGGCGUCUCAAAGCCGUCUGAGAAGUUCAUCAACACCACCUCCUCCAUCACCGCCACUAGUACCACCACCGCCACCACCGCCACCACCGCCACCGCAACGUCUGCGCAUGGUAAUCCCGUGCCUGAACCUACUGUCGUUCCAUUUCCGCAUGUUAUUCCCGGCGAAUUUGAUGCCGUUCUCUCCAGCUCGGAGGACCAGAGUACGAAGACGAAGGUCAAGAAGCAGACGGAGAAGCAGAAGGAGAAGCAAAAAGCAACGGGGACACCUCUAGAUGAUGAUGCAUCUGAACGCCAGUCAUCUUCCCUAGCAUCGCAGUCAGGCGGUGAUGUUCCCAGAACAUACAUUGACAUGCCUAGCGAGGUGUUUUCUCCAAAAGCGGAACAGGAACUGCGCACGCUGCAAAUACGGUCUUCUUCUCCGUCAUUUGACACUGAUUCCUCGUGGAUGCGGAUAGACACCCGUCAAAGUGCACGAGGCGCUAAGACCGCUACUGGAUCAGACAAUCAAAUACUUGCGAUAACAACGGAUAUGACGAGCAGUGACGUGGGUCCGUCAACCGGCGACUCUGUAUUUGCCGAACGUACGGAUGAGGAUGGGUAUGCUAGUCUAGGCGCAGGCACCCCAGGAGAUAAGCGUCGAACGUUGGCAGAACGGAUGUUGCCCAGACAUAGGAAGACAGCCGUCGAUGACAUGCUUGAGCGCCCGGAUUAUCCUGGUUUAGCGCGUGUGAUGCGUGUACAACCCCGGCCCGAUGAAGCGCCGGCACCAGGAUUUUCCUGGAAAGAUUACGAGGAUGUGGAUGACAGCAGUGGUACUUUAAACGAUGCAGAUGGUGAGGGUGACGGCGAAUGGGGUAUUGUGAAGGGCAAGGGUCGCUCAAAUUUAUCACGACCCUCGACCACGCCUUCGCAACUUGUACAACAAGUCCCACAGGCACUGACAAAGAAACAGCGGCAAAAUGCGAAAAGAAAUCAGAUGGUGAAAGAUGCUAAAGCUGACGCUGAGACCGAGCGACUGGCGAAACUUGCCGAACAUAGGCGUGCUUUGGAGCGUGAAAAGAUCAUUGAUCAAUCACGCCGUGGAGGGGGUAAGCAAACUAGCGGUGGCAUGCAAGCCACCGUCGAUAGCCGGGGGAAGCUAGUAUGGGACUAG